AUGAGAGCACAGCCAGAAUAUGACGAACAGCGGGUCAAUAUUUCUGAAGUUGAAAUCCCUCUGAAGCAACACGUCAUCAUUUCCAGGGAGGAACCACAGUACCAUGAUGGCAGGGAGAGACAUUGUGAUGGUGGUGGUGUGGAUGGUGAUGGUUCUGUUGGUAGUGAUGGCCGCAAUGGCCAUGGCCGGUGCAUCAUCAGUACUAAAUUCGGUAACUUUAGGGUGGUACCGGGGAAGGCUCUGUCUGCUGGUGACUUUUACGGCGUCUACACCUUAGAUAACGCAUGUACGUGUCGCCUGGCGUGUUGGUCUGCCAAGCGGUGUGUGGCGGUAGCAGCGGUGCCAGAUACAAGUGCCAACACGGUACAGUGCCACUUGUCUGAGAAGGGACCCAUCAACCACACCCUCACCGACACCCCGGACGCCACCUACUACUUCUGGGAAGCUUCGGUGCCAAACAACUUCUACGGGAUCAUGAAGGACAACUACCUGUAUCUGGUGACGAACCAUCAAAGAACAUUUACCCACGGGAAGGAACUGUGCGCCAAGAUACCUGGGCACCGCCUCGCCACCAUCAAGACUGCUCGCCAGUUUGAAACAGUCACCGCCAUGUUGAAUGCUAACAGCUGGCCAGUGUGGGUGGACCUGGAGAAGCCUGGGGUACUUGCAACACCUCUGCAGUGGGGAGAUGGAACUCUGUACGGGGAUGGCACCGUGACACAGCUGGCAACCGUUGUGACUGAGAGGGAUUAUGCAGCUGUCUACCGCCUAGAAGAUCAAAACUUCGACGAUAAAUCAGACCCUGACCUUUAUUACAUCCUGUGUCAGGCUAACCCACUCGGUCUAGACUGGUAGUGAGGGAAUUUCCUCAUGAGGCCUUGUAGUAAGUAUGUCUGGCUCAGUCUGGAGUUUUGGUAGCAUAGGUGUCCUUCUAGAGUUAUGGUAGUAUGUAGCUCAGUCUGGAUUGGUAAUAGAG